GUGGUUCGCAGUCGUUUUCGUUGGUUUCGUUUCCUCCUUGUUGCUGCAUCGGAGGCUCGGAGGUUUGUUGUUGGUUGUUGACGUUAGUUCAGCUUGUUCUCUGAAACGUAUGUCAGGCUUAUACUCAUGUAGUGGGAUUACUGGCAUUCAAACUACUACAACACCAAACCGGCUGCGGAGGAUAUCACGGGCUCCUACAAUGUGACAUACGGCAGGUGGGGAUUUAAAAUCAGGGAAGUGUGAUGUUCCCUCACCGCAGAAUGCCGUGCCAUAUCACCAUCCUCUACGUGUACAGCAUUGUCAGCAUGGCAGCGCUGUUUCACGCGACACUGGUUGCUGCGGAAAUCGUCGUUAUACCACCAAGUAAUUCCACACCAGAAGUAAAGCACAUACUAGACCAGGAGUUGAGCUUCUCAGCUUUGGUGCCUGAGGAGGGAGUUCCUGGUCUAUUAACGGUGGCAUCGCCCAUCACUGCUUGUGAAGCGAUCGCUCCUCCCCCUUUCCCUUCGAACGACACCUUUGCAUGGUUUGUGCUCAUUGCCAGAUUUGAGUGCAGCUUAGGGGACAAAGCGAGGUAUGCUCAGGAAGCAGGCUACGAUGUGGCUGUCAUAUAUGAUCGCAAGGUGCACAUUAAUCCACGUGAAGCCCAGCAAGUUCUUAAACACGACUCUGAUGAUGUGGAUGUGAACAUAUACGCUGUGAUGGUGAGCGAGGAGAGCGGGAUAAAACUCAGGAGAUAUACCUACAAAGACGACUACCAGGUGAAGCUGUAUCCGGAGAACUUCGUUAAUCUCAUCAGCUACGUGGUGCCGUUCCUGGCCAUAAUUGGGCUGUGUACAGUUGCCAUCUUCUGCUAUGUCGUUGGGAAGUACGUGAGGGACUGGUGCAAAAAGAGGAAAAGCCGUCUGUCCAAGAGACACCUCAGGCAGAUUCCCACAACAAAAUACAAGAAAGGAGAUGCUUACGAGACAUGCGCGAUAUGCAUUGAGGAUUAUGUGGAGGGCGACAAGCUGCGCGUCUUACCCUGCUCUCAUGCUUAUCACUGCAAGUGCAUCGACACGUGGCUCCUGGAAAACCGCCGCACCUGUCCCAUCUGCAAGCGCAAAGUCCGGCUACCCGGCAUGCCCCCCGAAUCCGAGUCCGACGACGAUGACGACGACCACGACAACCGCGCGUUCAUAGUCACGGAGAGAACCCCGCUGCUGCUGUCGUCGUCGAACGCAGCAAUAGUCCGCCCCGGCGGAACCUUCCAGGAUGUCGUCCACCACUCCACGGAGGGUGCAACAGCAGCCUCGUCGUCCCCUUCGGCAGCCUCAUCCGCCAACGUCACCAUCACGCGAGCCAACCUGCACGGAGAAGCCGCGGCAUCACACUCUUGCCCGACGACCGUCAGCACGGUGCACUCCGUCAACUGCGACGCGAGCACCAGCGACGACGAAGCGGCGCUGCUGGCGAGAACGAGCGCGCGUUCCCUGAGACGACUCCAGCAGAGAAGGGCCAGGGCCAUGCGUGCGAGGAGGGCCGCUGAAGAGGAACGAAUGAGGAGAGGGGAACCCAGUGGAGACCUCCACGUGUGAAUCAGAGGAGCAGCCGUGAGAGGUUCGACGAUGGGGUGUUUCCUGACCGUGUGACCUCUUAUGAUGCCGGACCACAUUGGAAUACGAGAUCACGUGCGGCGGCGGAUUGUGCCUAUUACCUGUGUACAGCCCCACGGUAGACGUACGACAUGACUGUUUUGCCUUUGUGUGGCGUGAUCCUCCCUCUGGCUGUGUGUCACGAGCCGCCUCAUGACCAGACAGUGUGUGCCCGAGCAGGCGAGGUCGUAUACAAUGGCGGACUACGACAGGCCAGUUCUUUUAAGCACGACUCGUAGUAAUCAUUCUGUUCUGUAGUGUUUGAUAGGAUGUGACGCCCUGCUUCGUUGAGGGGGUAUUCUUUUACCGUGACGCCCACUGCUGGGCGUGACGCCGACAGAGUAUGCUGUGCAGGUAAACAGUGUGCAGCAUUCUUGACUUCGCAGUGCCUUUUUCAUUUCGCACUCUCUGCCCUCUCUCAAUUUAUAGUAUGACAAAAUAGGUCCUACCGCUUUUAAAACUUCGUUAUGUCAAUUGUGGGUGUCAAAUUUGGUUCAUUUUGUGGUUAACGUGGUAAAGUUUUUAAGCCUAGCGUUGUACAAAAACUGGACUUGUCUAUGCUGGAUGUAUGACAAAAGUAGUACCAUUGAGAUGUCGCAUCCCUCUUCAAUCAUCAUGUAUUGUAUGCAUGAGAUUUUUUUUAUCAUUAGUUUAUGAGGAUGUUAGUAUGUACAGCAACGUAACAGCAGCUUUUUAAGUACUGCGAAUGGAUAGUUUGGAAUAUAGGAAGUUAUUUAUCGCAACAUUGUCUGCAUUUGUGGUUGGAUCAAUUAACGUAUAGCUUUAUACCAGAAUCACACUAAUAUAUAUCUGCCUGUGUCACACUUGUUUUUGUCAGGCUACGGGCUGGUGAUGCAAGCAGCAGAGUGGAAUGGAAUAUAGAACUGUUUGAUCUACUCGAUGAAUAUAGUGUGCAGUGUGACAUUAGCCAAGUCACAUGCAUUUACAUAAAUUUCUUUACUACUAUCAGGAAUGGGCCACUGUGAUCUUUUUUACGGAAGAGCAGUGAAACUACAAAUCUCCAUAGGGAUAGGAGGAAUGUCUUGCUUCCCAUAGCUGAGCUGCUUUUCUGUUCCUCAUAAGAUGUGCACGUAGCGCAUUGUGUGUAUAAAGCAGCAUUUUAGCGGGUAACGCAUGCUUGGGUCUGUAGUAGCACUAAUUCAGGGCACGAUGUUAUCUUGCUGCUUUUUACGAGAGGUGCUAUGAUGCUGGCACUAGUCACCACAAUUACUUUAUUGCAGAUGACUGUGCAGUGCACAGGACCAUGUAUAAAGACACGUAUUUGAUUAAAUAAAUGUUCAUUAAGAGAAAACUCA